AUGAUUUCUGCAGGGAACUCGAGUGAAACAGACGCAUCUGAACGCGAUCCGAAGAGUUCCUGGUCUCCGAUUCCGGAAUCUCGGUUUCACGCGGAGAGCUGGUAUCAUCCGAAUAAGGAACAUCUAGGGACUUCAUAUGUGAAAGGCGCGCAUUUCCUCGCGGAGGACAUUUCCCGGUUCGAUGCUGUGUUCUUCAACUUCACAGCCGACGCGGCCAGCACAAUGGACCCUGAAGUGCGCCUCCAAUUAGAGACCGUCUACGAGCCCCUGGAAAGUGCAGGUCUCCCCCUCGAUCAAGUGGCUGGCUCUCGCACCGGCGUCUAUGCAGGGACCUGUUUCCGAGAUAACCACGACAGCUUAUUGCGCGACCCCGAUACCCUAGCUCGGUCCUUCCUCACGGGCAAUGGCGCGGCAAUGAUCGCGAACCGGAUCUCGCAUUUCUUCGAUCUCCGCGGGCCCAGUCUGAUGGUCGACACCGGGUGUUCGACGACGCUGACGCUGCUGCAUUUGGCAUGUCAGAGUCUCCGGCCGGGCGAGUCAGACAUGGCCAUCGUGGGUGGCUCCAAUAUCCUACUCAACCUGGAUAUGUCCAUUGCCGGAUCGAAUCUCAGCUUGUUUUCGGCGCAAGGGCGCUGUUUCGCCUUCAAUUCUCGAGCCACGGGCUAUGAACGUGGGGACGGAAUUGCCAGUAUGAUCAUCAAGCCCCUGAUAGCGGCAGAUGGUAAAACAGCGACUCUGACUUCGCCCAGUCAGGAGGCACAGGAGGUCUUGAUGCAAGAGUGCUAUAAGAUGACUGGUCUCGAUCCGCGCGACACCGGUUUCGUGGAAGCCCACGAGACAGGCACGCAAGCGAGCGAUGCCAUCGAAGCUCAUUCGAUUAGGCGCGUGUUUGGACUCAGACGCAGCACUGAGUGCCCACUUGUCGUCGGUUCGGUGAAGACGAACACCGGCCAUACGGGAGCUGCUAGUGGUCCGGUGGUUGUUAUUAAAGCAGUCAUGGCGAUCGAGAAGCAGGCUAUUCCUCCGCAUCCGAACUUCGAGUCGCCGAACGAGAAUAUUGCAUUUGAUGCAUUAAACUUGAAGAUCCCCCUCAGUGCGAAUGCCCAUGCUAUCAUAGAGAGCCCAGAGAUUUUGCAGCGGACUACUUACUAUCUCGCGACCAGGAUCCAUGAAAGCGAGGAAAACGAGGAGUUGCUCGAUCAGCUGGCUUUUACACUCGAACAGCGACGCACCCGGUUUCCUUGCACCAUAGCCUGGAGUGGCUCGUCAAUCACUGAAGCAUACGCCACCCUCGAUGCCCCAGGUUUGACAACCCAGCGCAGUAUGCGCGCUCAAUGGUUUGCCAUGGGUCGCGAGCUGCUCGACGCUUAUCCGGUCUUCUGUGAUACCAUACACGAGGUCGACGCUUGCUUGAAGUCAAUGGGGGCUACGUGGUCUGCCCUCGAGGAACUGGAGCGAAAUGCCAAGGAAAGUCGUCUCAACCAGGUCCCGUAUAGUCUACCACUGAGCGGCGUCUAUCCUGCAGGAGUCACCGCUCAUAUCAGUGGAGAGGGCGUUGCUGCCUACGCCGCCGGAGCCGUCACCCUGAAAGGCGCACUGGCAAUCGUGUACAUCCGAGGUGAUCUGACCAAACGUCAGGAUGCUGAGAAGGCGCUGGCUGCGAUUCGAUCCGGCAAGGUCAUCAUCGCCUGCGUGAACAGUCCGUCCAGCGUGACGAUCUCGGGCGACGAGUGCGCGAUUGAGGAAAUCAAGACCCCGCUCCAUGGCCGUGGUGUCUUUGUGCGUCGUCUUCAUGUCGAGGCAGCCUAUAAUUCGCACAACAUGCUGCCGCUGGCCGAGGCGGAAAAGGAUAAUAAAAGGAUAACGUCGGCUGCAGAGAUUGCUCACCCCGACCGCUGGGUGCGUAACAUGGUGCGGCCGGUGAAGUUUCUGAGCGCGUGGCGUAACUUGUAUCAUGAUGAUUCUGACGCUACCAAGACCACUAUUGACAUGCUUGUUGGGGUCGGCCCGCAUGGCGCUUGGCUGGUCCUAUUCGGCAAACGUUGGCGUUACCUGGGCUGAGUAGUGUGGGGAUCACCUAUGCUACGUGUCUGUCGCAUGUCCAGAAUGCUGUCCAGACCAUGCAUCAGCUCGUCCGCACUCUUCUGCAAGCGGGCUAUCCUGUUGACCUGAAAGCCGUCUACUUCCCCUGCGGCUGAAGCACCUUGCCCGUCUUGACUAAUUUUCCACCCUGCCCGUGGAACCAUGAGGCCUCAUAUUGGGCCGAACCUCGUCGUAACGAAGAACUCCGCCAUCGAACUGCCAUCCCUCGCGAUCUUGUUGGGGUUCCUGCACCAGGAUCGACUCAGACCACGCCCACGUGGCGACAUAUAGUCCAUCCUCGUGAUAUCCCUUGGGUGCGCGACCACAUCGUGCAGGGAUAAUUUCUCUAUUCCGGGGCGGGAUCUAUGAGCAUGGUGGUUGAGGCACUGCGACAGUUGCAAUCACAGCCCAACCCAUCCAUGGCUAUUAGGGUUUAAG